GUUUAUCAACAUGAUAAACUUCACCCACGACACAAGUUCCUUGCUACUUGGCCUUGCGUGUCCCAGCUAAGUUCCCAAAUUGAACAAACCAGAGAAUCAACUUUUUGCCUCGAAUAAUAAAUAAGUCAUAACCAAGCAGGAGGAGCAGUGGAGGUCGUGAACCAAAGGUAUGCCGAACUGAGCUACUUGUUGCCAUGAAGGAGGGAAAGUUGUUUUUCGAUUAGUCUGAGUCCGGAGUCAGUGCCACUAACCUAGUGCAACUCGGGGCGUCGUAUCCUUUGUUCGGAAAAAAUUCUAGGCACUACACCUUUGAAUUCAAAAUCUUUACAUUCGAUUAAUUCUCAAUGAACUCGAGUUUCAAGAACGAGCAGUGGGAGACUGACCGCGAUGGAUUACAAAAUCUUCUGGCCCGAUCUCUCAAGGAACCCAUUCUUGGCAAGCACUUCGCCCUGCCCGGCCGCAUAGGGCAGAGUCCACCCAUCGAACUGGACACCAGCCAGAGCUACAUUGCCGUGUACACUCAUCUCAAAGUGCACGCCACCAGGAUGCCGGAGAGAUUGCCCACGCCAGAGGCAAUUGGAAGAAUUCAGGCGGAGAAUUUGGAGACAGCGCCUAAGACUCGAACUUCAAAGGCCCGCUUGGAUCUCUGCUUAAAUAUAUGAAUAUAUGUCCCUAAAGUAUAGGUAAACAAUGUUGAAA